GGGCAAACCCUACCUAUUCGCCGCCACUUCAUAGGUUCGUACGUUUUACCACAGUCCGCACGUCCCGUGUAGACACAUUUCCCUCGAAUCUCUGCGACAUCUGCUCUUGUCCAGUGUAAACCCUUUCUUCGAGAGACGCGCCGACUUAUUUUGGCUUUCGCGUUACCUUCCAAUAGAAUCUUUUGCAAGAUGCCUCCCAAACCUAAGAUCCCGAAGGCGCAUACCGAUGCUCGUGAGGCGUACCUGAGGUCCAAGGCCGGUGUUGAUCUCUUCACCUCCAUCGCCAAAAUCUCGGAAGGGCUCCGCGAGAUCGGUCAAUGGAUGAACAAUGAUCUCCCUGAAUUGAUCUUCGCUCGGUCUCUCGUCACGGACAAGGACUUUGCGGACGCCAGUGGCAAGAAAGCCAAGAGGCAAAAGAGCGAGAACGACAUUAAACGACCCCCGGCGGGAUACUUGAUCUUCUUGAACUCGGUUCGAGCCCAGCUCGUCACGCAGCAUCCCCAGACGCACAUGAAGGACAUUACGACGGAGGGCGCCAAGCUGUGGCAGAGAAUGACGGAUGAGGAAAAGAAGCCUUACAAUGACGAGGCGAACAUCCUGAAAGAAAAAUACCGGGCCGACAAAGCCGCCGCUUCUAGACAGGGAACCCCCGCCGUCAUUGCCGAGGUAGAAGAGGAGGAGGAAGAGGAGGAAGGCAGCGAGGAAGAGGAAGCCGACCACCCGGCCGCCACAACGGUCUCACAGAUAGUAAAGCCUAAGGCCACCGCCAAGAAGAACGGCAAAAUCGAGGCACCCAGCGCCCUCCCCCCCGCACCGCCAAAAACCCCGGUAAAGAUCAAAAAGGCACCCGUUGCUCCUCAAGUGGCCCCAGGCAGUGGUGUCCAACCCGCCGUGGUCAAGAAGCGCAAAGCCGGCGAUGCAGCCACCGUUGCGGCUCCCGAGGCGGCACAGAAGAAGGCUAAGACGAAGAAAGCCCUAGCAGCCCCGGCCCUAGCACUGCCAGGCACGCCCAAGUUGGGAAUUGGUAUGGCCCCACCGCCUACAGCGCAAAAUGCGUUGCCGAUCCCCGGGGGCGUGAACCCCAAUGGACAGCAGCCUCGCAAAAAGAAGGGCCCGAAGCCAAUCAAACCGGCCGUUUAACGGUUGAAUCUGGCCCAAGCUGAUGUCUUCACAUCAUUUCAUUAGGAUAUUCUCGCGCUUGUAAUCGGCAAUUAUCAUCGCCAACCCACUUCUCCAUGUAAGCUCCUGCUUUGAUGGAGCAUCUUAUCACUAUAGAAAGUUUGCGCCCGUCAUCUAUAUAUUGGUUCAA